GGUCCCGUGCGAUGAACUAGUGAAUUGCGCGAGAGACGAGCUGACGGAAUACGGAAUUCGGAAUCUCGGGUUCGAACAACGCACCGCAAUCGGUAAUUCGGGUGGAAAACUUAAAAUUCGGUACAUUUUCAAAUCGCACAGCCCGGAUUUUCGGCUGGUGAGCAGCUGUUGGCCGGAAUAGGCUGGCUGGCUGGACCGUGUAUUAGCAGCAGCCGCAGAAAUAUCGAAACUCCCCUCCGCCACGUGUGUUUUAGUCCGACUCGGAUGCGGGUCGGUGGCAUCCAUCGCGGACGCUGAUGCGAAAAACGCAAACGGCUUACAUUUAUUAUGCAAACGGGACGACACCGAAGCAACAACAGCGAAUGAGCGGAGCGGUACAGAAAAGGAGAGCACGGAGAACAACAGACAAACGAUAAAAAAACGUUCUUGAAACCACACAUCCUAACGAAAAAAAAGACCUCCAGCAACGGUACAAAAGAGCGAAAGGAAAACGAAAGUGAGAAAUCAUAUCGGCGGCCGUUAAAAAACUGGAAAGCGCUCAUCCUCUCCUCUUCUAUCCCCCAAACUCUUUUUUUCUAUUCUAUUCUCUCCUCUACACUCUACUCUCCUCUCGUGUUUUCCUUCUCCUUUUUUUUUUGUUUUGUUGUACACAGACAACGAAAAAUUUGUCAUCGCAGCGGCGGAGCGGAGAAGAACAAAAGGAACGAAUCUCGUGGUGUUUGCAGGGGGGAAAGCAUCACACAAAGAGGAUAGAAAGAACGAAAUAAUAAAACACCGAGUGCGGGCGAGAAAGAGAAGGAACAACCCUGAGCCCCCAGCUCAAUGUCCUACCCCCGCUGGAGACGACACGACGACGCACUCACGCGCACGUGUCGAGGCGCAUAAGCUUCGCACUUGACUUGAACAUUAAACGCGUAGGGCUCUGCUCAGCCCCGCUGCCAGUCGCCCUCCCUUCACCGCCCCUCGUGCGUUAUGGAAAUUCUGGAGGCCUAUAUCGUCGUACUGCUUCUGUCGGCCCCGGCCACGGUCCUGCUUCCCUGCCGCGGAGUUGUACCGCCUCCUCCUCCAUGCCACCAGCAGGCCGUAAAAUGCUGAAAAAUCUGCAGCCUUUCAACGCAAUUUUUUACAGCUGUCAACGUGCGCUCAGCCUCACUGUGUGAGUAGCGUGUGUGUGCGUGUGUGUGGAGGUGGGUGGUGUGUGUGCCGUGUGUGGCAUAGUUAUUUCCACUUGGGCGGCAAGGUCACCGCCACACGAAAAUUGAAAAGCAACGCCAGAGCCGCCAAAAAAACAAAGCGAAAAGCAUGUCUAGGACUCGCAGGAUCAGCAGCAGGACAAGGAGCAACAGCAACAGCAACAGCAUCGGCAGCAGCAGGAGAAACCCACAUCCCACAACCGUCGCCUCGAUUCCGUUGCAAAAAUGCUUGAGAAAUAUGUCGCCACAUACUAUGUGCGUGUGUGUGAGCAAGUGAAAUUAAAAUUCCCGCAUGCCUAAUGAAUUCACCAUCCGAAAUAUGUGCCCCAAACGUUUGACGCACGUCCCCGCCGCAGCAGCCGCAGCCGCCUGUAUCUGUGUUCGUGUUGCGCGAGUGUCACCGUAUCUGUGAAAGUGAACGUGUAUGUGUGUGUGUGUGUAUGUGUGUGUAAGCAAAAACAACAGUUAAAAAACAAUGGUUAACUAAACCAAGAGAAAGAGCACAAGAUAAAGAAAGAAAGAGCUAAGAAAGGAAAGCACAAGUGAAAACUAAGGCAAAGAAACAGCUGGGAAAUACUUGGCAAUUUUAGGCGAAAAGACGCAGCUAAAAGGAGCAGCCAGCAGCCAGAAAACAGAAGCAUCCUUUGAAGAGUGAAAGAGUGAGAAGAGGAGUGGCUAGUGGCAAGCAUCCGCAUCCUAAACAACAAUCUGGAGGGCAUGUCCACAGCCAAAAGGCUGGUGCUCUCGGUGGCCAUUGCUGAUUCGGCGACGUCCAAGUCCAAGGCAAGGGCUACGCCCAGCCUGAGGCGCGACGCUGCCAUCGAUACCGAUGCCGAAGGGACAAAUGUGGCAGAUGACUAUGACAAUGACAAUAUCCUCCACGUCGAUGUCAAUAGGGAUACUGCUGAUGAUGAACGAUGGCCCAAUGCCCGGCCGCAGGCUCCCCCUAGCACUAGCAUUCGCAGUCGCACUCAUGCACCCGCUGAUAUGGCCAAUGACAGGACGCAGACCAGAACAACAAUAGCAAUUCGUCAGAACAGCAACAUCUGCAGCAACACCAACAGAACUACAACUGCAACUGCAGCAGCCACUUCUUAUAGAUUAGCGCCGAGAGCCAGCUUUCCGGAAAUCAUGCAGCCCCGUCUCUCCCUCAACGGGUUGCUGAACCCCUCGCUGAUGCCCUCGCCGCGACCGCUGUACCGGGACCACAGCUCGAGGUCCAUCAAUCCGCUGACCGCCUACGAGCAGCAGAUGGCCGAACUUGAUGGAAGUUUCUAUGCCAGCAAUGCUGGCUAUCUGGGCGCCGGGAUGGGUGGCAGUGCUGUCGGUGCCACAAUUUGCACGAAUCUGACGGUGGGCGGCGGCUCGAGUGGCGCGCCCAGUGGGGGUCUGUCACACGGUGGUGGUACCAUUGGUGGUGGUAGUGCCGCCAUACACACAACCGAACUCUCAAUUACGCCCACAAUGGCCGCCGAUGAGCAUUUCAUCGAUCUGGGGAGCCUGCGUCGCUUCUCGAUCGAUCGCCAGAGCUUUCUCGAUCUAGGACCAAAGUUUGGCAUGUCCCAGCCGAAAUUCGGCCAGAGCGUCUCGCAACAAGGUUUCUUCACGUCACACGACAGCCUGGCCACACCAUGCGCCUCCCGAGCCUCCAACUCUCAAAUGGCCACCGUAAGCACUGCCUCCGAAAUGGAUCUACUGCACAACAAGCAACGCAACAAGUCGCGUGGCCGACUGAAAACAACAGGCAGCGGCGACCAGCGGCUCCUGGGGGGCACGGGCACCUGGAACCGGUCAAUGGGCCGCGGCUCACAGGAUAACACGCUGGCCGGCGGUGAAGCCACCAGCAUACCCAUGGGAGGGCAUACUCAAUACGGUGGCAACUACUGCAACGGCACAGAUCGCUACCCGCGUUCACGAUCACAGCACCAGCAGCCUCACCAUAAUGCUGCCCCAGCCCCGCACCGCUAUCAGCUGCAGCAUUCGAUAUCCGCGGCGACGCACCAGCGACACUCACACGGAACGUCCUCACAGGGAGGAGAUGGCUCGGGGCACCACGGUGGCCAAUCCCAUCCAGCACACCAUGGAGGCGGCGGUUGUGGAGCCGGGUCACAAGGAGGACAACCACACCACAAGAAGGCGCAUCGCACCGCCUCGCAGCGAAUUAGAGCGGCCACGGCGACCCGUAAGCUUCACUUUGUGUUCGAUCCGGCGGGGCGGCUGUGCUACUACUGGUCCAUGGUGGUGUCCAUGGCCUUUCUGUACAACUUCUGGGUGAUAAUCUACCGCUUCGCCUUCCAGGAGAUCAAUCGUCGCACGAUUGCGAUCUGGUUCUGCCUUGACUACUUGUCGGACUUCCUCUAUCUGAUUGACAUCUUUUUUCACUUCCGCACCGGCUAUCUGGAAGACGGGGUGCUCCAGACAGAUGCCCUGAAGCUGCGGACCCACUACAUGAACUCGACGAUCUUCUACAUCGACUGCCUGUGCCUGUUGCCGCUGGACUUUCUCUAUCUGUCCAUCGGCUUCAACUCGAUUCUGCGCAGCUUCCGGCUGGUUAAGAUCUACCGCUUCUGGUCCUUCAUGGACCGCACCGAGCGGCACACGAACUACCCGAACGUCUUUCGCUCGACGGCCCUCAUCCACUAUCUGCUUGUGAUAUUCCACUGGAACGGCUGUCUCUACCACAUCAUCCACAAGAACAACGGCUUCGGGUCCCGCAACUGGGUCUACCACGACUCCGAGUCGGCGGACGUAGUGAAGCAGUAUCUGCAGAGCUACUACUGGUGCACUCUGGCCCUCACAACCAUCGGAGACCUGCCCAAGCCGCGCUCCAAGGGCGAGUAUGUGUUUGUGAUAUUGCAAUUGCUAUUUGGCCUGAUGCUCUUUGCCACGGUCCUCGGCCAUGUGGCCAACAUUGUGACGUCUGUGAGUGCAGCACGCAAGGAGUUUCAAUCCAAGCUGGACGGCGUCAAGACGUACAUGCGGAUGCGACGUGUCCCGAAUCAUCUGCAGGUGAAGGUCAUCAAAUGGUUCGAUUACCUGUGGCUCACGCAAAAGUGCUCGGACGAGGAGCGCGCCGUGUCCUGUCUUCCUGAUAAACUAAAGGCAAGUAAAGGGUCGCCCUAUACAACAUGA